GGGAGGGUUGCUGAGCCCUCCUCUUGCUUAUGCAGCCGCCCCUCCUUCCCUACCCGCUGACGGUAUAAUGAUAUAAUCAUGAGGGGUGUCAGAUCCCGCAUUUGAACUUGCAGCCAAACGGGCUCAGUGAUUCUUCUUGCACAAGGACUCAGCACAGACACACGCUGCAGAGACUUCUGGGAUCAGGUGCCCUUGUUCUACGGGGACUUUUAUAGUGCAAGAGCCUACAAACAGGAUCCCCCCAAAAGCAUCCCUCCAGCCCUCCAGCCUGGGAAUAUACUCCAUCAGCCACAAGCAAGUCUGAGAGAGAUUUCUGUACAAAAGUGGAUUGGAUGCAGCUGCACUGCUAGGUCACCUUAAAAGGUCAAGAUGUUACUAGAAAUAAAAUAUAUAUUUUGGAUAUUCUCGGCAUUCUCCCUUACUAAUGCAUUCCGUGCAGUUCAAGUGGAAAAGAGUUCCCCAGUGAAGGGUUCGUUAUCUGGAAGAGUGAAUCUGCCAUGCUUUUUUUCAACCAUACCAACAUUGCCACCCAGCUACAAUAUUACAAAUGAAUUCCUGAGGAUCAAAUGGACCAAAAUUGUUCAGAGCAGAGAUGGAAAGGACCCAAAGGAAACUACAGUUUUGGUGGCCCAAAGUGGAAGUAUUAAAAUUGGACAACAAUAUAGAGGCAGAGUGUCUGUGCCAAGUCACCCUGAAGACAUUGGGGAUGCAUCUUUAACCAUAGUCAAACUACGUGCUAGUGAUGCUGGUGUUUACCGAUGUGAAGUUCUGUUUGGGAUUGAGGAUACCCAAGACACAGUUUCCUUGGAUGUUUCAGGAGUUGUGUUCCACUACCGAGCCUCUACUGACAAGUACACUUUGGACUUUGAGGCUGCUCAGAAAGCAUGCAUAGACAAUGGUGCCCAAAUUGCAACUCCUGGACAACUGAGAGCAGCUUAUGAAGAUGGUUUUGAGCAAUGUGAUGCUGGGUGGCUUUCUGACCAGACUGUUAGAUAUCCAAUCCGCUCGCCUAGAGCAGCCUGCUAUGGUGAUAAAAUGGGAAAGGAAGGAAUCCGUACCUAUGGAAAGCGUCCUGUUUCUGAGAAAUACGACGUGUACUGUUUUGUGGAUGAACUGGAAGGUGACCUGUUUCACACGACUGCUAACAAAAAGUUCACCUUUGAAGAAGCCAAACAGGAGUGCGAGAAGAAGAAUGCCGCUCUGGCCACAGUGGGAGAUCUGUAUGCGGCCUGGAGAAAGGGAUUUGACCAGUGUGAUUAUGGAUGGCUUGCUGACGGCAGCGUUCGUUACCCAGUAUCUGUGGCCCGACCCCAGUGUGGAAAUGGUUUGCUUGGAGUUCGUACCAAAUACCGCUUCAGUAACCAGACUAAUUUCCCUAAUUCACUGGAGAGAUUUGAUGCAUAUUGUAUCCAAAGCAAAAGGAAUAUAACGGAAUCUGUAUCUGUUAGAUUGAUAUUUCCGACUGAAGCAACAACCGCCAGUAUUAUAAAAACAGUAGAAAAAUUACCUGAAAAGGUAACAGCAAAGUCUGUUUAUUCUCAUGGACGACAACCUGCAACAGAAAGCAUUUCACAUUUGAAAGCAGAAACAACUGUUACAGCUGAUGCCAGACAGAGAGAAACAGUAGGCCCAACAGAUCCAUCAGCUCUAUUAUUUCAAGAAGAGGGUACCUCGGCUUCUAAACUGGAAAGUAGCCAAGAUGUAAUAGAAUCUUCCGCUGAUCAGACCGAAAAAAUAACAGAGUCUCCUGUGAAACAACAAUUUUCUGUAACUGAUAAUUCCAUAAAACUGACAAAAGAGGUUUUAUAUCAAAGUUCACAGCCCCCAAAAGGGUCAAUGGAAGCCAAAACUGAAGAAGUUAUCCCAACGGUUAUAAUACAUCAUAAGAUUGUUGGUGAUGACAUUGUUACCAGCCCACCAGAAAUAGAAGCAGGACCUGAAGAACCCGUUGAUAGUGUUGUGACAGUAAGUAGUUUAAAACAUGAUUUUGAUUCCUCAAGCACACAGCCUGAGGUGGAUGUAAUUACAGUGUACAAAACAUCCACCUCUGUGCAGCCUGGAGUAACUUCAGGCUUUGAUUCCUCUGAGGAAGGUAGCCAGCCAAUUGUGGCUACAGACUUGAUAAUUUCAAAAGACAAACAUGUAGUUAGUACAGUUACAGCCCAUCAAGAUGAGUUCACAGAUGAAGGCAGUAGACUUGAACUAGAAAGUACAACAUUGCCUGAGAGCACUGUCACUCAGGAUGGAAUUGUAGAAUCUGAGGACAGUUAUGCAGUUGCUGUGGAAGAAACAACAUCACCACCAGUGCUUCUUGUUCAGUCAAGCCAACCAUCACAUUUAGACAUGCAUGUUCCUGAAGCCAUCUCUACAAUCAAAGAACAACAACCAACCGAAACACACACCACUUAUAAAGAGACAGUCGAAGAACAGAUAACACCAAAACCUGUUCCUAUUUCUACCCAGAAGCCACAUCUGAUAGAUGUGGAACCCGAUGAGGAAACCAGCAAGGGAACAAUAGUGAUUGGUGAGUCUAUUUCUCAUCUAAAAGUUACAACUGAAUCUGAUAUGACAGGCAAACAGAAGCAAGAUAUUGACUCAGAAUACCUGACAAGCGGAACUUCUGCAAAAGAACCCACCCAGGAGCCAGAAUGCGAGGACACCUCAGAUGAGACUCAAACGAAUGUACACAAUGAAGAUUCGAAUCAGAUACCAAUCAAUCUGAUCGUUGUAGAAGUUAAUGAAAAUGUGACAGGUACAUUUGAAACAGUUGUUAACAUAUUGGAUACAGGAAGACUUCAUUUACCUGAUCAUAAUGAGUCCAGUGAAGAGAAUGGCCAAUUUUUUAUAGAUGUUUUACAUUUAAUUCCACUUGUUGUUGAGGACGAUGAUGAUGGAUCAGAUUGUGACAAUACUACUGAUGUUUCAACGCCCCCUUCAUUGCAAUUUAUUAAUGGGAAACAAGAGAUCACACCUGCACCAAGAGAUUCCAAAGCUGAGGAAGCUAGACAGGAUCAAAUUGAAAGUGCCACACCAUCUGAAAAUGUUUCACUUACUCAAAUCAGUGAAGUUACAGACCGAGUCAUAAUGCAGACAGAUGUCCCUAGCAUUGCAACAUCGGUGGUUGUAGAUAUUGGGGGGAGCAGUACACAUGCAAAGAUACAAGAACCUGAAUUCAGUGGGGAUACAGAAAUUAAUACUGAGACUUCUCCAACUUAUUUGCCACGAACACCAAGUAUGGUUUCAGUUAAUAGAUCAGUGCAUUUAUUUACACUGGAAUCCUUAGAAGAAACAGAUUCUAAAGUUUUGAGCACUAUUGAAUCAGUUACUGAAGGGAGUAGAAUUAAACCUGAACAUAUGACAGAUGCACCCUCAUUCCAACUGAUAACUGAAAUAGCCACCCAUGCAAGUGAACAAAUGUUAUUGGCAAUAUCAGAAAAAACACCUAAAGAGAAUUUUAUUCCAGCAGAGGAAGAUACAAAGGCGACAGAGGAACCAGCUAUUGUCACUGAAGCUUCCCUUGUUUAUAAUCCGCCUGAAGGUUCAGGGGGUUUAGAUUCAGAGCCCAUUGUUAGUGUAACUGCUUCUGUGCAUAGCUUGGAUGAAAUCAAGAGUUCUCCUACAAAAGGUAUUGUAGCUGAUACCAAAGCUGAUACCACUUUGCCUACAUUAUUCCCUGAUACAGAUUUGUCAUCUGAAGAAGUCAAGCUUGUUACAUCAGUAUUCGAUCAGGUGACAAAAGUUACAGCCACAAGCAAAGAAAAACAUGAGGAAAGCAUUACUGUAGACCCAACAAAAAGUUUUGGAUUGCUUGAAGAAGAAGAAGAAGGGUCAGCUAAAGAAGAUGUUAUUUUAGAUCAGCAACCUACUAUUAGUAGCAGAGUGUAUGCUACAGAAACCUUGCAAACAGUAACAGACUCAGCUCAAAUAAAACCUACUGAUUCCAUAUCUUUUGCUUCUGAAGCAAUAACUUCUAUAUCUCAAGAUAUAAUCACAACUGGAACUACUACUGAUAUUUCAUCCAAUCAUUCUGCCAGUCAUGUAGUCACUGUAGAGUCCCUGUUGAUACAGGAAGGUUCAGGCGAUAUAGACAAUGCAUAUGUUUCAAGUACUGUAUCACAAGAGAAAUAUGGACAGGAAUUGCUGUCCACAGAUUCAGCUAAAACCACUGACACAGUUACAGAAGAAACCAUCACUCUGAUAAAAGAUGGUUCACAGAAAGAAAAAGAAUAUGUACCUACUGAGAUUCUAGAUAAACAAACAUACAAAUAUGGUUCAACUACAGUAGUGACUGAACAAACAGAAAAAAUCACCACAACUGAAACAGAAGAAGAAUCUGUUGUAUCUGAGUCUGGUGAUACUGAGUCAACAUCUGAAAAUGUACCAGUUAGCACAGUGAAAAGUCCACUGACAGACUUAGAUUCCAAACAAGAAAUUAUUUAUUCAACUCCCUUUCCAUCAGAAGUAGAACAUACAGCUGUAGAACAAUACAGUUCCUCUCCAUUACCAGUCUUGGCAUCUACAGCCUUUAGCAGUAUAGACAUAGCCAUUUCAGAUAAAACAUCUGUUAUGAAAACCAGCACCAUUUUACCAUUUACAGGCGAGGGUUCAGCUGAUGGUGAUUUGGAGGGCAUUCUUACUCCCAAACCUUCUUUAGAUUCCAUAAAAUCUGAUACUGAAGCAAUUACAGCUAUUCCAGUCUUUACAGAUGAUAAAACAGUUGGAACUGGCAUCACUCACAGUUUGACACCAAGUGAAAUAAGCCCAGACAUAACAUUAGUAGAUCAAGGCUCAGGAGAUCUUGUUAGCUCUGAAGCAGAAAUUGAGAUAACAACUGCAAAAGACUUUGCUACAAUCUUUUCUGUAGAAAUUACAGAAAGUGCAGAUGCUACAACAUUUUCAAGGGGAACAGAAGUAAAAGAAUCACCUGCAGAACCCGAGACAGUGGAAUCUAAAUUGAUCUUCAGCACUGAAACACCUCUUUCUCUGGAACACAUUACAACAGUAAAACUCCCCAAAACUAUUAUAACUGACUCAUUAUUGACUGAUACAGGUUCAGGUGACUCAGAUGAUCUAGUCACAGUUUCCUCCCCCUUGACUUCACUAAUCCAAACACAACAUGAAACUGAAACCAUAAGCACAGUUACAUCAGCUGAACAAUCCACAUUGGGUUUGGAAAUGGAAACAACAGAAACAGAUCUUAAAAAAGUAGAGACACUUGAAUCAGAAAUAACUUAUGAUAAAGAAAAACCUCAAUUGCAAACUACAGGCAUAACAUCACAGCCCACUAGCGAACAAUCUACACAACCUCCUCUUAAAUACAUACUAAGCACUGAAUAUCCAAUAAGUGAAGGAUCAGGAGAUAUGCAUGAAUUUACUGAAUCAUCUACAUCCAAAACUACAGAACAUAGAACAUCAAGCAUUUUAACAGCACAGUCUGAGAAGGAACAUAGUACAAAAUUAGUUUAUGACAGUUCAGGAGAUGAGGGCAUUAUCACAGGUACUACAAUAUAUGUUACCAAAACUAAAUCUCAAAGUGAAGACAUCAGUUCAGUAUUUCCAACCGAGGAAUCAACAGUAAGUUUAGAAGCUGGCACAAUUAAAAUAGAUCUUCAUUUAGAAAGCCAUACCAAAGAUGCAAGUAUUGUGGAGUCUUAUGCUGGUCUGAGUACAGAUACAGAUGUAGUAUCCGAGGCUGGAACAAAAGCAACAGACAUCCCACCAGUACAUUCAACUAGUGGGCAUAUUUCUUUGCUUACAGUACAAGAAACAGAUAGUUCUCAUUCACCUUUUAUCAUUGAAAGCUCAGGAGAUAAAGAGGACAUUUUCACAACUACAGAAACAUAUGCAAUCAAAACAGAUACUGACAUGAGCACAGUAUUCCCAAUGGAAAAAACAUCAUUGAGUUCACCUGGAGAAACAAGUGGUGCAUUGGAAAUCCAUACCAAAGAUGCAGAAAAAGUUGAGUCAGAAACAGGAUUCAGUGCAGCAUCACAAGAAAUGUUAAAGGUUGUAACACAAAUUGUCACUGUUCCAGGAGAUUUAGCUACCAAAGAAAUUUCAAUUACAGAUUUACCUUAUGAAAGCUCUGGAGAGGAUAUGUUCACAGACACCACAACAUAUGCAGCUAGACCUAAACUGGACAGAGAAAUCAUCAGAACCUCACCCCCAACUGAAAAACACACAGGGAUUGUAGAAUCAACAACAGAGCUUGAGUUAGGUGAUAUCAAAGAAACAGAAUUAGUUGAAUUUGAAACAGUCAUUAGUACAGGUGCACAAGAGGUGUCUACACAAGCUACACAAGCAUCUUCCAUCGUACACCUAUAUUCACCUACUGAGGAUAUCAUCAGCACUGUUUCACCAGACGGGAGCUCAGGAGACGGAAUUUUCCCAGAUACUGAAACCUAUGCAAUUAAAAUGCAUAGUGAAGUCAUUAGCACAUUAAUUUCUACUGAACAACCGAAAGUGAAUUUAUCAAUAGAAAGUAUUGCCUUAGAAACUACAACCAAAGAUGCAGACCAGCUGUCUGUAGAUGGAGAACAAGCAUCUGCCACCAUAAGUGUACACCCAGCUACCUCUGUUUUUACUGAGGAUAGCUCAGGGGACGAUGCAAGUAUUUUUACUGAUACAUAUCCAUAUAAAACAGAAAUGGACAGCAAGGUUGUCAGCACAAGUUUUCCAGCUGAGGAAGUAACAGUGGGAUUUGCUGUAGAAACAAGUAAAAUAGGUCUAGGUUUGGAAACAGAAGCAGCCGAAUCUACAACUGUGUUCAGUGGAGCUGCACAAACGGAAUCUGAGACAACAGACAUGUUCCCAGCACAUUCAACUAGUAAGAUCACUCCAUCUCUUCCAGUUAAAGAAAUAAUCAGCACAGAUGAAAGUUCAGGAGAUUAUGGCUUGUUACUAACAGCUACUAAAGACUAUGCAACUAAAGCUGAACCAGUUGGCAGCACAAUUUUCCCUACUGAGGGACCCGAAGUGAGUUUAGAAGUAGAAACAAGUGCAACAGGUCUUAAGUUAGAAAGUUCUACCAAGUAUGAUGAAGUGGCUGAAUCUGAAACAGGUGUUAUAACAGAUAUGCUAGAAACCUCAAAGGUUGUAACACAAGCAAAUGAAAUAUCCUCACAUUUAGAUGGAGAGCCUAUUACAUCAAGACCAAUUAGAAAAUAUUAUAGCACUGAUUCAGUAUUUCUUGAUCAGGGCUCAGGAGACCACACUCAGGAUGAUUUAGCAACAGUUGCAUCUACUGAGACUUUGGAAACAAAAACUGAGGGGGCUACUGAAGCCAUUGAUACACAUUCUGCAGCUACAGAGUCCUGGCUGAGCUUAAAAAUAGAAACAUCAAUAAAACCUGAAUUUGUUUCAUCUACAGACAUGCAGGAUAUAUCAGAAACCGGAAAAGAAACACCUAGCGCCACACUACAUCAUGAAAUGAGCCAAUAUGUUACAGAUACCCCACAUAAAGAGGUAUUCAGCACUAAAUCAGAUAUUUUAGAUGCAGGCUCAGGAACUGAUGAAGGAGUGUUCCAAGAUGUCAUAUCUACACCUGUGCCAAAAACAGAAUCCAAGUCACCAGAAAGUAGAUAUGUAAGCAUUGUUCAGUCAGCUACCGAAUAUACUGCACACACAGCACAACCAAGCACCAUUACACAUGUUGAAACAGAAGAACCAAGGGAAUCUAUUUUCAGUACAAAAUACCCAGAUAGCGAUGUAGGUUCAGGUGACCAAUAUGAAACUGUUGAAGCAGGAACAAGUGAGGUAAAAACUUCUACUGAAAAAACAAAGACAUUAAAACCACACUUAAUUUUUAGUACAGAUGCACCUGAAAAAGCACCUGCUACAGAUGGUGUAGCAGCAUAUCCAACCAGUAUUAUGGGUGAAGUUUCUGAAAUCACUGUAACUGAGCAAGGUUCUGGAGAGGAAAUCCAGCCAACCACAGUAAUAGAUGAACAGACCAAAGCUGAAAGAAAGUUUGAAGAUCAGACUGGAGAAGCUGUCAUAACAGUUUUAGUCCCAGAAUACCCAGAGACACUGGAGCCCGAAAACAUUACAUUGGAUGGGCACUCAGAAAUCCCUACCAAGGAAGCUGAAACACCAGAGCCCACAAUAAGUGUUAGCACAAGUACCGGGGCAAUGUUACUUGAAAUAAAAUCAACACAAGAUGUGCCAAUAUCGCACACUCAGUCUAUAACUGAAUUUACAUUAGGCUUAGAAGAGGAAGUUACUAGCAAACCAUCUGUAUUCAUUUUUGAAGAAAGCUCAGACAAAACAAUAUGGGUGGGAACAGAAGGAAAAACUAUUAGUGAAGUCAUUAGUGCAUCGCCUUCAGCAACUGAAUUUAUUCUUGAUGACAAAACAAGCAAACAGAUUUCUGAAGAUUUUGAGUUAUCAACUAUGAAGGAAGACAUAAAACUAGAAUUAAAAUCAACACCUGCAACAGUUCCAGAGACCACAGAGUCUCUGUUCACUGAAAAAGCUUUAUUGUAUGAGGAAGGAUCAGGAGACAUAAUUUCUACAACUACCAAGGAGGACAUUUCUGAAAAGCCAAUUUAUACAGGUGUUGCUGAACCAACUGUAGAAGUUGAUGAAGCACCUGUCAGUACAAGAGGUCCUGAAGAUUUAACUGAACCAGAGACAGAGAUACUCCAGGAAACAAGUUUAGAUAUAACUGAAUAUUAUUUACGCUCCACACAGCAGCCAGAAAUAAGUACAGAACCAUCCCAUGUAAUUUCUAAAGACACUUUAGAAAUCACUGAGACAUUAAUAGAACAAAUUACAGAAGAGUCCGUGCAUACAACAACAAGGCCCACCGUACAACCAGAGAUAGCAGAUACUGCUUUUGAAUUAUUUUCAGGACUAGGUUCAGGAGAAGUUACACAUAUUGAUGAAUCUGUUACACCUUCUACCUCAAUAAAAAUAGAUGAAUCUUUUAGCAUAACUAAAGAAAAACAUAGUGAGCCUUUCCUUUAUACAGACAAGCCAGAAUUGCAUGAAACAAAGAGCUACAAACCUGACACAGAAAUGUAUUCAAAAGCAACUUCCCAGUUGGAUGUAGAUUCCAGCUUACUGGAAACAACAGAUGAGAAGUUUUUGGAUAUUGAAACACAAACACUGCCAUUAACAAGUGAUACUGUUCCUGCAAAGGAGGAAUCAGAAUGGGACCAAGAAGUUAUUGGACCUAAGCCAUCCACAGUUGUUGGAACCAUUAGACCUGACACUGAAGAGACAGUUACAACUUUACCUUUUAUUCCAGAGAGUUCACAUGAUGGUGGUCCCAAAGUAACUUCUGAGCAGGUGGUGACUCCUGAAGAUUCUGUUUUGCCAGUUAUGACUAGUGCAUUUCCAGCAGAAAUUCAUGUUCCUACAGAAAAAGAGUUUGAAUCUGUGGUAACCAGCAGACCAAGUAUGCUCGUUGACAAGGAAUAUCAUGAAACUGUACAUUCGGAAAUAGUUACCCUUUCAUCUGAAGUAGAAAGUUCAACAGAUGAUGAUGAUGAGAUUAGUGGCACAGAGCAAUCAGCUGAGACACCUGAAGAAAUAUUGGAAACAACAGAGUUAACCUAUACAAAAACCACCAUAAAGCCUGAGGUUGAAGGAGAUGAGUAUCAGUUCAGCCCAAGUUUGGAGAAUUUAAGCAAAAUACAUGCAAUUUCAGACUCAGUUACAUCCCAAGCUUUACUGUUGAGGGAACAAACUGAAAGUGAUGUAAUCAGCACAAAAGGAACAUUUGAAACUGAAUAUGUAUCAAAGGAAGAUGGAGAUGGCGAUACAACAGUUAGCCUAGUGGAAGAGCAUAUCACAUCUGGUGAUAGUAAAUCUGAAUAUUUCACUGAAGAUACAAAAUUGAUAGACAAGUCUCUUGCAAGCACACCUACUUACAUUCACAAAGAGGAGGUUGAUGUAAGUAAGGCAACAGAGGAGACUACAGUGACAACUCAAGAACUAAGUCCAAAAUAUCCUGUGACUGUUAUUCUUGUUAAUGGGGCCUCUGACUAUACUGGAAAAAUUAUUCCCAGUACUUUGCCAUCUGCUGGUUCAGGUACUGAUCAUGUUGUCUCAGAGCAGGAAGUCAGUGCAGAUAUUGCUGCUACCUAUAAGCCAGAGGAUGUGCAUUUAGUAGAUACAACUGAGUCACCUUUAGAUCACUCUGAAAGAACAGAUAUUUUGGAUGAAUCUGUAUCAGUCACUAGUGAUCAUAAGGAAGAUGCCACCUCUUCACAGCAGCAUGUUGUACAUGACAUAGACCACAUAACUAAGCAUACAUUGCCUACAGAGGAACCAAGUAUAGAUUCAGAUAAGGUCCUAACUCAAUUAUAUGGACAGUUAACAGAUACUGAUUCCCCCCCAAGUCACAAACUGGAGGAAUCAUUUACUCCAUUUCCACAAUAUUCUGAUGAAAAUGUGGAAACUCAGUCAGCCUUAGUUGUACAGAAAGAAUUUUCAACAGUUUCGUACAAUAUAGCUGAGCCAUUUGACGAAAAAACAAUUGAAUCUGCAGUUCCAGAAGAAGAAGCCAAUGCCGCUGUGCCUGUAACAUCUGAACCUGAUGUGGAAGUAACUGAUGGAAUUGAAAUCCACAUUUCCACUAGUAAUAAUGUUGAAGGAACUGAACUUCAGAUUUCAAGUCAAGACCCAUGCAAAGUAAAUCCAUGCCAAGGUGGAGGGACCUGUUACGCUCGUGGAGGUUCAUCCUUUGUCUGCACAUGUAUGCCUGGUUUCAGUGGAGAUCAGUGUGAAAUUGAUAUAGAUGAAUGUCAGUCAAACCCUUGCCGGAAUGGAGCAGCGUGUGUUGAUGGGAUAAACUCCUUUUCAUGUAUCUGUCUUCCAAGCUACGCUGGAUCACUUUGUGAGCAAGACACCGAGGUCUGUGACUAUGGCUGGCACAAAUUCCAAGGUCACUGCUACAAAUAUUUUGCCCAUCGACGUACCUGGGACGCAGCCGAGAGAGAAUGCCGUGUACAAGGUGGCCACCUGACAAGUAUUAUGUCCAAUGACGAACAGACUUUCGUCAACCGUUUAGGGCAUGAUUACCAGUGGAUUGGCCUCAAUGAUAAGAUGUUUGAGAAUGACUUCCGUUGGACUGAUGGAAGCACAAUGCAAUAUGAAAACUGGCGGCCAAACCAACCAGACAGUUUCUUCUCAGCUGGUGAAGAUUGUGUCGUUAUUAUUUGGCACGAGAAUGGCCAGUGGAACGAUGUUCCAUGCAACUACCAUCUUACUUACACCUGCAAAAAGGGAACAGUGGCGUGCGGACAGCCUCCUUUUGUUGAAAAUGCCAAGACCUUUGGAAAGGCCAAACCUCGCUAUGAGAUAAACUCUAUGGUCAGAUACCACUGCAUGGAAGGCUUUGUACAGCGCCAUUUGCCAACCAUAAGAUGCAGAGGUGAUGGACGAUGGGAUUUGCCUAAAGUGUCCUGUCUGAAACCUUCCAAUUUCCAAAGGACUUACUCUAAGAAAUAUUAUUACAAGUUUACUCCACCUGAGAUGAGGGCUUCCAUGAAUUCUCCAAAGCACCACCACAGCUGGAGCAGGACUUGGCAAAACUCCCCACGCUGAAGAACCCCGACCAACCAUCAGCAGACACCUUGGCUGCCAAAGUCCUCAUUUAUAGUGCCUUUCACAAGAGUUCCGAGAAGUGAUAUCUUAGACUUGGACUAUGGCGUUGAAUAAAAAAAUAAGACAUUUUGACCUAAAAUCUUAGACAUUAUAGGGACUAAACCUGAUGUAAGCAAAGAAAGAAAACAAUUUAAACCAUUUCCUGUCCAGCCUACUAGAACAUUUAGUUAAUGUAUUUCAUCACAAUGGGAAUAGAUUUAUUGCAUUGAUACAAGCUUACUUUAAUAUUUAAGCAGCUUGACCGUAGCAAAGAUGCAUUUGUAAAUAAGAUGAUCUAAAUAUGUUUUCUAAUCAUGUAUAUAAAAUGAACUAGUGAGACUAAAGUCAGGCUUAUUUAAUAAGUGCUAUGUCAGUCAGAUAGUACACCUCUUGUGUGCCAGAGAUCCUAUUAAAAUGCAGUUGCCUCUGGUGCACAUUCGCUGGUGUAAGCUGAGCUUAGUACAUCAAGGCUGGAGAUUAAAUGUGUGGCAGAAGACUUUGUGCCAGACUAAGAGCAAUGAUGAAAAGAUCAUCAUCAUUGUGUGCCAUACAGUAUGUAAAUCUUAUGUGUUGGGGAAUACAUUGGAGGAGAUCUACUGAGUCACCUGCAAUAAUGGAAAUAUUGUCUAGUUCAUCCAUGAUCACUUUUGUAACAAGUCUUUACAGAAGAAAUGGGUCAGUUGUGAUGAUCAAGGUAGGGUGCAAAGUGUAAAUAAGGGGGUGCAAUCCCCCAUUAUUUUGCACUUUGCACUCUGCCCUGCAUAUUUAAUUAAUUACUGCAGGUCUCUGUGCUCCAAAAUGGAGCACAGGGACCUGCCACCUCCCCUAUGAAUACAGCAUUGCGUAUGUUUGGCAGCGCUGUAUUCAUGAGAGGUGAGAGGGGGAAGGCAUUGAGGUGCCACAACUUCAUCCUCUACCUGUCCGCUAUCUUGCAUGUCAUUCGGAUGUGCUAGUUAGGGAGUGGCUGCAGGCGCAGUGCCUAUAUAGGUCAGAUGGUAAGGACAAGGCUUCCCUGCGUCUGCACCCACUUUGCUUUUAACCUUGCGCUGGAUUUUUAGUCUGGUGCAAGGAGAGAGCACCGCUCCUGCUGCAAGUCAAGUGUGAAUAAGCACUAAGGGGCAUGCUUUGGUACCCCUUAGUGCCCCGGGCUUGUGUCAGGGUCACUUGUCAAUGACCCCUGAAUUGUCUUUUAUUGUACUUUCAGUAGAUGUAAAUUGCUAAUUCACUAGGGAGUCAUUUAUAAAUGAUUACCAAAGCAAAAUCAGACCUAGCCCAGAUGUACCAUAUUUGCAUCAAAUUGUAUGUUGCAUCACUUUUUUGAUGCCAGUGUUUAGACUGCUGCAUGAAUAGAUGCAAUACAAGUAACCCAAGCUGAGUCAGUUUUGAUUUUGCUUUGUAUCUUUCGCACGUAUGAAAAAGGCUCCAGUGCAGUCUGGCGUGGCUGUCUUUCAACAACUAAUCAUUGCAAGGGUGCAUUUUACAGUGUUUUAUUAAAAAAAAAAAUAGAACAAAAAAGUGAACAUUUUUGUACAUAUAGUCAUUUUUUAGGUCUUUUUUUAUGAGAUAAUGAAUGUGUUUUGAUGAAUGCGGCAGCUGUGAAGCAAACACGAACAAAUGUAGAAAGCCAUACUGAUUUCACUUAUUGGAGGCUCAUUGCCUUUCCUCUUUCAUUUCGCCAUUCGUGAACCACUAACUUGUAAUAUAUAUAUUGGGUUCGCAAAUGCUGGAAUAAAAGUGCUGAAACCAAGUAAAUUCCUUCCAAGUAAACCAAGAAUUUCCUUCGAAGGGGACUGGAAAUAAUGUAAAGCUUUUUACUCAAUGGCUGUUGUGGCCAUGCAAUCUGGCCAAGUGUUUGAGCAUUCAGACUUUUAGUUCAGUUAUUCCAGCCAAACCAAGCCAAUCUAGGACUCAAAACAUUGGCUUGUUGGCCAAGCUAGAAUUGUGUGGGGGGCUGCACUUGUUUACAGGAAUCUGAUAGUCCAGACACCUGUGAUUAUCUCCACCUUUGUAACCAGCUCAAGUAGUUCCCAGUAUCCAACACUGCCGCCCAUAUCUAAAGUAUUAUUUUCUUCAUUCAUCAUUUCAUUGCUGGAGGACUGCAAUAUAAAUAAAGCUCCUCAAGCAGUGAAAGGAAUGAGAUGAACAAAGUAUUUAUUGCAGUCAGCCUACUGACAUGGCAACCAUUGAGGCUGUUAGAUAGCCACUCCAUAAAGGGAAACAAAUAUGGCUUUUUAACCGAGUCCUAAUUACUAAGAGUGCGAUUGAUGCAUUCCUUUUGACUGCUGCACCUUGCCUAAUCAUAUUUUGUACUUGACAACAAUGCACCAUAGUGUUGACCUGUAUGUUUUUUUUCUAUUACAAUGCACAUAAUACCUUUUUCUCCCCCCUGUAUUUAUAUUAUAACUUGUAUAGUAUAUAAUGUGAACCUUUGGGUAUUUGUGAAUGAAAGUAAAUCUUUGUAACUUUUAUACCUGCUUCUGUUUCACCAAAGAAACUUUUUGGUUUGCUAGUCUUCGGUUCCUAGUGUUUUUAUUUAUUCUUUUUGAAAUUAUUUUUUAAUAGAAGAAUGUGUAAUUAUAGAUCAAAUUAAUAAACACUCAAAUGUUUAUGUGACUAA